GGAUACAUCACACAGCCGCUACAGGCUAACGGCAGCGACCGACAGCACCACAGCAGCUUUGUCGACCGGGUUCACCUCACCUGGCACGAAUUCAGCCCCAACCGGGGAUACUAAUAAUCCAAUAUAAUACGUCUAAACUCCGGGGGAAGUGAGGGUUAACGGAGGACACGGACCGUCUGUCGCUCGGCAGGAGAAACACCGCCGGUUAUCUUUGUUACCGACUCCGCGCUUACGUAGUUUUCGCUCGCUAGCUAACUGCGCUAGCUCGAAAAGAAAGGCCGUGUCCAGUUGACUCAGUUAUUUAACGGAUAGCGGGAUCUUUGUGGCAUAUCACGGUUGCCUCCCACCGUUUGGAUUGGAAACCCUUUAAGUGAAACAUCGAGACAGGAUGGCCCUGAAAAGGAUUCACAAGGAGCUUAACGACCUGGCUCGUGACCCUCCAGCACAGUGCUCAGCCGGCCCAGUGGGCGAUGACAUGUUUCACUGGCAAGCCACAAUCAUGGGACCUAGUGACAGUCCAUAUCAGGGAGGUGUUUUCUUCUUGACAAUUCAUUUUCCAACAGACUACCCCUUCAAACCACCCAAGGUUGCAUUUACAACAAGAAUUUACCACCCAAAUAUUAACAGUAACGGCAGUAUCUGCCUGGAUAUUCUCAGAUCACAGUGGUCUCCUGCACUUACUAUUUCUAAAGUUCUUCUCUCCAUUUGCUCACUCCUAUGUGACCCAAACCCUGAUGACCCACUAGUGCCAGAGAUUGCACGAAUCUACAAAACAGAUAGUCCGAGGUACAAUAAACUAGCUCAGGAGUGGACAACCAAGUAUGCCAUGCUUUAGGAUACACCAGAAUGGCAAAAGACUGGACACACAAAUACGCGAUGUGAUGUCAUCAUGUGGAGAGCUGGUGGAAAAUGUUGUUGCUGGUUCAAACAAAAGAAAUCCGGGAUUCUAUUUUUUCUUUUUCACUUUUUCCUUUUUGUUAAUCAGAGCAUUUUACCCCUCUUUAUUAUUAUUUUUAUUUUUCCACCUGCGCGCUCAUAAGAAGAUAGUGUUUUCUCUUUAGGACACGUGCCAGUUUCUGUGAAGUAUCGACUCCCAGUUUGUUCGGAGUUUAAAAAAAAAAAAAGAAGAAAAAAAAAAGCAAUCACCAUGGUUCUGAACACUCGAGCAUGCACCAGUAAGAGUUGGUGAUGUUAGUCAUUUACUCUGCACACACAGUAGAAUCUGAUGCGACUGUAUCGACCCCGUGGCGCUCCGGUUGGUUGGCUGGAUCCUGUGCGGUCGAUCUUUACGUCACCGUCAGCUGGAUUUCAGAGCACUUAUAGAGAAGCCUGUCUGCGGCCGUACCUGUAAAUUCUGAACUUUAAAAGUUGGUAAAAUUCUGCAUUUAAUGGGAAAAUGCCAAUCAUAUGACAGAUUUGGGAAACUGGUUGGUGGCUCCUGGACUGGUGUGAUGUCAGUUUGUUCUUCUGAUCUUUAGCAUAGUAAUCUAUUACCUGAGGAGAGAAGUGUAUCUUAUUCCACUAUCAAAGUGUGUGUACAGAGAAGCACAGCAGUAUAUAUCACUGUUAAGGAAACAAAAUAUAAGAACUUCAAUGUUGUAUUUUAUGCAUGUUAAUAAAGGUAGGCUCUUAUAUCUGAUAUGUUUCUGCUAAUUAAGUGGAUCGUAUGACUGAACAGUUGGAAAAACGUGGUUCCCCUCAAAGGCUAUUUUUCUUUUAUUCAUUAUUUAGAAGCCAGUAGAUGAGCUCUUAGUUUGAUGCCCACUCGAACACUGUCUUCUUGUAGCCCUAAAAUAUUGAUGCAAAGCUGAUGGUUGAUAAUCAACUUGUGGCUCUGUUUCUUUUUAGUUUUCCCUUCAAUAAAGUUACAUAAACCAUUAAA